CAACGACAACAACCUCAACCUCGCCCAUCAACCCAACCGUCGCCCACCAUGAGCUACGGCAAGAAGGACGAAGAUGCUGACCUGGGAUUGGUCAAGGUAGAUCGGACACAAGUAUUCCAAGAAGCUCGUCUCUUCAACAGCUCCCCCAUCCAACCGCGAAGAUGUCGCAUACUCCUCACCAAGAUUGCUCUGCUCCUAUAUAGGGGCGAGAAGUUUCCGACGAACGAGGCUACAACACUGUUCUUCGGCAUCUCGAAGCUCUUCCAGAACAAAGAUGCUAGCCUACGGCAAAUGGUCCACCUUGUUAUCAAGGAGCUGGCCAGCUCGGCUGAGGAUAUAAUUAUGGUCACAAGCACGAUUAUGAAGGAUACCGGAGGAAGCACCGAAGCCAUAUACAGACCCAAUGCCAUCCGGGCGCUUUGCCGCAUCAUUGACGCUACAACCGUGCAAUCGAUUGAGCGUGUGAUGAAGACGGCCAUCGUCGACAAGAACCCUUCGGUGUCCUCAGCAGCGCUUGUCUCUGCCUACCACCUCCUUCCCAUCGCAAAGGAUGUUGUACGCCGGUGGCAGAGCGAGACCCAAGAGGCAGCGGCGUCGACCAAAUCGUCGGGCGGUUUCUCGCUUGGAUUUUCCUCGUCGGGCGGCCAGCUUCCUGUUAACAACUCGACCAUGCCGCAAUACCACGCCAUUGGUCUGCUCUACCAAAUGCGCAGCCACGACCGAAUGGCGCUGGUCAAGAUGGUCCAGCAGUUGGGUGCUGCCGGCGCCGUCAAGAAUUCGGCCGCCAUCGUCAUGCUCGUUCGUCUUGCCGCUAAGCUCGCAGAGGAAGACCCGUCGUUGCGGAAGCCCAUGAUGCAAUUGCUGGAUGGAUGGUUGCGACACAAGAGCGAGAUGGUCAACUUCGAGGCGGCCAAGGCCAUCUGCGACAUGAGGGACGUCACGGACGCCGAGGUGUCCCAGGCCGUCCACGUCCUUCAGCUCUUCCUCACUUCGCCGCGUGCUGUCACCAAGUUCGCCGCACUCCGUAUCCUCCACAACUUCGCCUCCUUCAAACCCAAUGCUGUCAACGUGUGCAACCCAGACAUUGAGCUUCUCAUCUCCAAUAGCAAUCGGUCCAUUGCCACCUUCGCCAUCACGACUCUGCUCAAGACGGGCAACGAAGCCAGUGUGGACCGGUUGAUGAAGCACAUCUCCAGCUUUAUGUCGGAGAUCACGGACGAGUUCAAGAUCACCAUUGUGGAAGCCAUCCGUACGCUCUGUCUCAAGUUCCCCAGCAAGCAGGCGGGCAUGCUGGCUUUCCUGAGCGGCAUCCUCCGCGACGAAGGCGGUUACGAAUUCAAGCGUGCUGUGGUCGAAAGCAUGUUCGACCUGAUCAAAUUCGUUCCCGACUCGAAAGAAGAUGCGCUGGCGCAUCUUUGCGAAUUCAUCGAGGAUUGCGAGUUCACCAAGCUGGCUGUUCGCAUCUUGCACCUUCUCGGCGUGGAGGGACCCAAGACGUCGCUGCCGACCAAGUACAUCCGCUACAUUUACAACCGCGUCGUGCUAGAGAACGCCAUCGUCCGGGCUGCGGCAGUGACUGCGCUUGCCAAGUUCGGUGUUGGUCAGAAGGAUCCCGAGGUCAAGCGGAGUGUUGACGUUCUUCUUACGCGGUGCUUGGACGAUGUCGACGACGAAGUUCGGGAUCGCGCAGCCCUCAACCUCCGACUUAUGCACGAGGACGAUGAGAUGUCCACCCAGUUUGUCAAGGAUGACAGCAUGUUCUCCCUUCCGUACUUUGAGCAGCAACUUGUCAUGUACGUCACCUCGGACGAUAAAUCCACCUUCGACACACCUUUCGACAUCUCCAAGAUUCCUGUCGUUACCCGCGAGCAAGCCGAUGCCGAGGAUAGGAACAAAAAGCUCACGGCAACCGCACCUUCGCUCAAGCCCCCCAAGGUUGGCCCGACGAAGACAUCGGCGACGGGUGCCGAGGCGGCGGCAUCAGCCUCCGCGGCGGCACAGCGCUAUGCUCAGGAGCUGAUGGAGAUCCCGGAGAUGAAAGAGUUUGGCAGCGUGCUCAAGUCGUCCCCGGUUAUUGAACUCACGGAGGCCGAGACCGAGUACGUGGUCACGGUGGUCAAGCACAUCUUCAAGGAGCACAUCGUGCUUCAGUACGACAUCAAGAACACGAUACCGGCUACUAUCCUGGAGAAUGUUUCGGUGGUAGCGACGCCCGCGGAGGAGGACGAACUCGAGGAGGUCUUUAUCAUUCAAGCCGAGAAGCUCGCGACAGACGAGCCCGGGAAGGUGUACGUGGCGUUCCAGAAGGUGAACGGAGAGGGAUCACUUCCGGUCAGCAGCUUCUCGAACGUGCUCAAAUUCACCAGCAAGGAGAUCGACCCUACGACCAAUGAGCCGGAAGAAACGGGCUACGAUGACGAGUACGAGGUGGCCGAAUUCGACCUGACGGGCAGUGAUUAUGUCAUGCCAGCGUUUGCUGGCAACUUCAACCACAUAUGGGAGCAGGUUGGUGCGGCGGGCGAGGAAGCGGAGGAGACGCUACAGCUCAGCGGCAUGAAGAGUAUAGCGGAUGCAACCGAGCAACUAGCCAAGAUCCUCUCCCUGCAGCCGCUAGAGGGUACCGAUGUUCCCGUCAGCCAGACGACGCACGCCCUAAAGCUAUUUGGCAAGACAGUGGGUGGAGGCAGGGUGGUUGCCAACGUGCGGAUGGCGUAUUCGUCCAAGUCGGGCGUGACCACGAAGGUCACAGUACGCAGUGAAGAGGAGGGAGUAGCGGCACUUGUUGUUGCAUCUGUUGCUUAAGGGUGCCCGGUUGGAGUUUGCGGUUUUUGCAGCCUGCGUGCCUUUCCGUCGUAGCUUUAGUUGGGAGACGUUGUAUUCGUGAGAGCGACAAGGAGAAUUUAGGGAGAAUUCGGGAUCUUGCUGCGGUAAAAGAGGGACAAAGUCCAUUGUUGCCUUGUCGUUAGUUGCUGCUGUUUUGUUCGGGCUGAGCUUAGUUAGAUCAGACGGAAAGAGCACGCAUUGCCAGCGGUUAAAGAAACAUAAUAAUGGAA